UCUCUCCUGUUCCACUGCGUCACGCCGCCUCCACAGCCGCUCGGUGCCGCUCGGUGCCGCUGCUCGCUCCGCGCUAAAGACAUGUCCGCAACGGGAACAGGCGGCUGCGGUCCCGGGCCUGGACCCUCCGCGGGCUCCGGGACCGGGGCCUCCAAUCCCCGAAAGUUUAGCGAGAAGAUCGCGCUUCAUACGCAGCGCCAGGCCGAAGAGACAGCCGCCUUCCAGGAGGUGAUGAUGGACAUCAGCUCCACCAGGCUCCAAGCUCAGAAGCUGCGUCUGGCUCGGACUCAGGGCCCAUACUAUGGAGGGUCUCUGCCCAAUGUCAACCAGAUCGGGAGGAACCCUCAGGACUUCCAGAGCUCGUUCCCAUCGGCACUGGAGUCCAACCGCUUGACACGACAUCAUGGUUUGGUUGAACGAGUCCAACGAGACCGCCGCUUCAUGUCCCCCGUGCGACCGUACCGCAACAGACCCGUGGACAACUCUCCAUACAAUGCCUCGUACCUGUCUCCGCCCCCUGACCCCAGCUGGAGGAGGACAAAUUCCGACUCUGCGCUUCACACCAGCGUCAUGAAUCCUCCUGCAGCAGACCCCUUCACCACUGGGGGGCACACUCUCACCCCACAGAACAGCCGGAGGACAGGUCAAAAUGAUGGAGAAAGAGCCAGAAUGUUCCCGUACCCUGUUCCUCCCAUUGAGGAGAAUGUGUUGAGUGAAGGCAAACUGCUCAAGCCCUGGGACACCAAGAAGUUGCCAAUGCUCUCAUCUCGACCCAAAUCCUGUGAAGUUCCAGAUAUUAAUAUCUUCACGUCUCCAGAGCAGCCCUCAGCGGUCUCUCACAGCGUCCCUACAGCUCUGAACACUGGAGGCUCAUUACCGGAUCUGUCCAUCCUUCACUUCCCCUCCCCCCUCCCCACGCCUCUGGACCAGGACGAGCCGGCCACAUACCCUGGACCCUCCCCUCUGAGCGGGGGCAGCAGCACUGGGAACCUGGCCUCUACCCUCACCCACCUGGGCAUUACCACUGGGAAUACAGGGCCAGGCAACUACCACCAACACACGCAAGGCAUGCUGGCGUCUCUACAGAGCACGCUCAGUAACCCUUCGCUCCCGUCGUCUCUGAGUAACCCAAACCUGCAGUCCUCCCUGAGCGGCCACGCUUUCCCCGCAUCGCUACACUCUUCCGUGUCCAAUCCCUCACUUCAGUCCUCGCUCCACUCCUCACUGUCCAAUCCCUCGCUUCAGUCUUCGCUCAGCUCUUCCCCCUCAUCUCUCAGCAGCCAAUCACUGCACUGCCCCUCCUCUCUGAGCAGUCAGUCGCUGCACUCGUCACUCAGCAGCUCGUCUCUGCAGUCAGGAGGAGGAAACCCCGCCUACGGUAGCGGAGUGGGCGGGGCCUCGCUCAGCACGUCACCGCGGCGUCGGGCACAGCUUUCACCGCUGAUUCUGCCUAUGGGCGCCGAGUCUCGGAGGCACCACGCCAAGCAGUUCUCCCCGACCAUCUCACCCACGCUCUCCUCCAUCACACAGGGCGUCCCGUUGGACACCUCCAAACUGCCUUUGGACCAGCGGCUGCCUCCCUUUCCUUUGAGCCAAAACCAACAGCGACUGCAAACGCAACAAAUGCACAACCUGAGGAACAGCCUGAGCCACAGCGCCACCUACGGCCCCACGAGGGCGAUGUCGCUGAACACGCAGAGCUCUCUUCUGAUAAAGAGCGAGUCUUUAGACCAGUGCAGCUCGUCCACUUCCUUUCCAAACCAGCUCAAACAGGAAGUGGAGUCAGAGAGAGGUCGGACGUUACCACAGCUGCAGCAAAUCAGCCACAACCUGGCCACAGACCUGGGCCUCUACAACGAUGCCUUGUUUAACUCUCUUCUGGAUGACCCCUAUCUGAGUCUGCAGCUUGCAGGGAAGUCCAACCAACAGUUCUCCUCAGAUCCUGGUUCUGAUGGACUCUCCCUGAACCACUCGGGUCUGAGCUGUCACAGUUUGGACCGGAAUCACCCGUCUGUGGACCUCCAGGAUCCCAACCAGAACCAGAGCCACAUGUACAACCAGGAGGCACGCCACAACGUCCCCAAUAUCAUCCUCACGGGGGACUCUCCUCCAGGCCUGUCUAAGGAGAUUGCCAGUGCUCUGUCCCAUGUGCCUGGGUUUGAGAUGGACCCCUUUUCUUUGGAUGAUCCAUUGAGGAUCGACCCUUUGGCCCUGGACAUGCUGGACGGUGAUCUCAUGUUAGCUGACCCAGCCGUGGAAGACUCCUUCAGAUCGGACAGGCUCAAAUGACCUUUCAUCUCUCUCUGUGGAGGAGCCUAAACUGCGGUCACACACGCGUACUCGGCCUUUAUGUUCGAUUUCCUACAUGCAGCUACAACGUGUUUGUCGUCCUUCAAAUCUAUAAAUCUUCUCAACAGUGCCCAACUAUUUCUGUUUUUUAAAGUAAAGUUCUCAUUCAUUUCCACAUUAAAAUCAUAAAACAUGAAAAUAUUAAAGACGCACUAAGUAACUUUUCUAAUAGCACGGUCCGCCACCUGCUCGUGCCCAUGGAGAUAUUUAAUACUUUGCCUGGAAUUUUCCACAGUAUGGCAUUAAACCAAUAAACCUCUAAGAUAAGAGAACCUAUAUUUGUCCCACAAUGGGGAAAUUCCAGUGUUGCAACAGAUGGUUCAGUCAGUCUUUAUUUAUAGAACCAUUUACAACACUCAAGGUGCUUUCCAAUCAAAACAAUAUAAAAGCACACAAUAAAUUCAACAGUAAAAUGAUACAAAUUACUGCAUGUUCGUCUCUCCACAGAUCUGACCUGUCUAUUGUCCAGGUUGUCUCAACAGCUUGUCUUCAUGGAGAUUGAGGAUAGCUGUGAAACAUUCUAGGGAAAGCAUAAAAAACUCCUUGGAAACAAGAUGGUGGCAGACCCUCCACCAGAAAAGUUGCAUAGCGCUGUUUAAAGGAUUUUAAGUUAAGACAGAAGCUAACCAGCUGUGGGCUAAUCAUUUUGCAUAUGUUUUUAAUUUUUUAUUUAAAACUUGAAAAUAUACACAUAUGUAUUUAUAAAUUUGAGUUUCGGAUAUAUGUUCAUUCAUGUAAUGUUUUAUGGUUAUGAGUUAACCCAUAACUGAUUAGCCUCCAUCAAACCGUUAAACUUGAUAUUUACAGUGAUAUCAUUUUGGGGUGUAAUUUGUGUAUGCGUGUGCCAGAAUUUUGAGCACAUACCAUGGAGACACAAUGCACACAUUAGCAAAUACAGCAAAAAAAUGGAUAUGAAAUGGAUUGAAACGGCACAUUUUCAGAAGCCUGUGAUCAAUCUGAGCGUGCACGGUCUUGUUUAGGAGUUAGAUUUUCAACAAAAAUGUGAGAAUGACUAACUGAAAACCUUUUGGCUAAUCUAGCUAGCUUGUAACUGUUGUUACUUGAGAGGGACUUGUGUAACAUCACAAAUCAGCUCUCCUGCUGUAAUUCCAGCUAAAUCAGUUGUUACUGAUCAGAUUGCAUUAAAUUAAAGCUCAGAUUAAAGUCGAAUUUGAGUAACAGACAGAUCAGUGCCAACAGUUAGCAUCACCCCCCCCGGGAAUGUUGAUGACAUCCGCUGAAAAGUAUCAAUAUUUAUUUCAAAACGGGUCUGACACAAGUGAAUGGGACUUUUACUUUUUGAACCAGAAAAUUCCAUCUGUCCAUGUUUAAUUUAAUGGUCGAAAUAUUUAAAAUGGCCCCAACUACAGUUUCUAACACUGAUGCAUUCAAUUAUAGAGCACUUGUAUGGGCUCUCCCUCAUUUACACUCACACAGUGGGUGAUGUGUCUUGCCCAAGGACACGACAGGAGCAUGCGCGGUGCACAGCAGGAAUCGCACUACCAACCUUUUGUGACUGGGCGAUGUUUUGGCCGGCACAGUUCUUCGCUCCUCUCGUUUUUUUUCAAAGUCCUGUUGCCUUUUUGUGAGAUUUAGCAGCGAAAAGGCUUCGUCCCAAGUGGCUUUUUGUUUUUUCCUCGAGUCUGUUUUAAAAUGCUUUUGUGGAACCGCAGCACUAACAAUAAAAGGACAAAACAUGAAUAGACAAGCUAGGUGGAGCACGUCUGAUAAUGUCCAGGACUUUGUUUUGGGAGAUAUGCCCACUCCCACAUGACUAACCAAUCAGAGCGAGGAGUAGAGACAUGUGACUGGCUGUGAGCUUUGUGCUUGAUAUCAAGACAUUUCUAUGGCAUUUGCUUCAGCGCUUGACUCUGUGCGUGAUCAUCAGGAAUUUUAUGGAAUUUUAACAACAAAAGAUGGAAACAUGAGA